AUGAUAAAUGGCAAGUCACACACUGUGAGUUGUAGAAAGACUUAUAGAAAUGGAGAAGGAUAUAAAAAAUUAGUAAAUAAUGACAACUGUUCAGAAAAAAAUGAAGACAAAUAUAAAGAAAGCCUUGACAAUAAUACAAAAGAGAAAGAAGAAUCUUAUGAUAAUUCAAUAUUAAAAAUAACAUUAUUUUUUGUUUUACUAGCUCAUACAAUUAUAAUUUAUAUACUAAUCAGAAUAAAAAAAAUAAAAAAUAUAAAUUGUAAGUUAAAAGAUAAGAGUAUUAUAUUUAUAUCAGAAAUAGUAAAACUUUUAUUAUCAUGUUUUUUUUAUUCAAAAGAAAAUCAAUUUAAUAUAAAAAUAAUAAUAAAUAAUUUAGUUGAUAUAGUUGCAAAUAAAAAAUUAUAUCUUAUAUAUUUAAUGCUACCAAGUAUAUUAUAUUAUAUACAAAAUAUUCUUUUUUAUAUAUCAGUAUCAAAUAUUCCUAUUCCUUUAUUUCAGUUAUUACACCAAUUCAGAAUAUUUGUUGUUUCGAUAUUUACAUUUUUAAUUUUAAAAAAAAAAAUAAAAAGAGAAAAAAUUUUUUCAAUAUUAUUUUUAUUUUUAUCAUUGAUAUCCCUCAAGGAUUAUGGAAUCCAUUUUACCAACUACUUUGUAAGACAAAAUUAUAACAACAUAAAACAUGUUAGCAUAUUUAAUAAUACACCAAAUCAUAAUAUUACAAAAUAUAAAUUACUAAACCAAUUCAAUGUAUUAUUAUUUUAUUAUAUUCUUCAAAAGAAAACAUUAAAUAAGCAUGUCUUAAAAUUGCCUAUAUUAUUACUCUUACAAAAACAUGAAAAAAAAAAUAUACUUAAAAGGUUGGAUAGGGAGCUAGAUUCUCAAAAUAGUUUACCCCUUCAUAAUAAUGAAUAUUAUAUCAAACAAGUUUUACAAAAUAAUAAAAAUGAAACAGUUGUGCCAAAACAGUUUAAUAUGAACACCGGUGUAAUCAGAAAUGUGAAUAAUAAUAAUAUAAUAGUAGGAAUUAUUUCUACAUUUUCAAUAGCAUUAAUUAGUGGAUUUUCUAGUGUGUUUUUAGAAUAUGUAUACAUUAAUUAUAAACAUUCUUUUUGGGUACAAAAUUUAUUUUUAUCUUUCUUUACAAUAAUAAUAAGUUUGUUGACAAAUAAUUUAAACGUACCCUUUGAUACUACAAAGUUGGCACAGAAAAAUAACACCAUCAAAAAUAAAAAAACCAAUCUUAAUGAUGAAGAAAGUCAAAAUAAACAAACUAUUGAAUCAUUUACAGACACCCCUUGGGAAGGUAGAAAAUGGUUUAUUAUUAAUAAAAUAAUUUAUUAUUUUUAUAAAUAUUUUAAUUCAUUUAAUGAAUUUCUUUAUGUUUCUACACUCAUAUUUUUAAAUGGUAUAGGAGGAAUUAUAACAUCGGUGUAUAUAAUAUAUGCUGGAAGUUUUUCAAAAUUUUUUAUUACACCAAUUAGUUUGCUAUUUAAUAUUUAUAUAUCCUCUAUAUAUUUCAAGGAUUUUGAAUUUACUGUUAAUUAUUUGGUUUCUUUAGUAUUUGUUUCUUUUUCUUUGUAUCUUUUUUUUAAAGACACUUUUAAAUCAGUAGCUAAUAAAUCCAAAUAA